CGGGGUGUACGGUCACCGGCUAGUCGUGAUUGGCCAUGUUUUCAGGAUAGUGAUACUUUUUUUUUGAGAGCGAUCUAACAAUAAUCCUAAAAAAGAAAGUAGUUUUCUUCCGCUGUGGUGUUUUUUCCGUGUUGAUACCGCCACGAUGGCCGAGGAUGUCCAGAAGCACUCAGUCCACACGCUGGUGUUCAGGUCUCUCAAAAGGACGCACGACAUGUUUGUGUCGGACCACGCGAAGUCCAUCGCACUGGAUGACGAGAGCCACAAGAUGAAGAUGGGUGUGAAACUGAAAGCGGAUUACAGCGCAGUUCUACACAUGCCGGUCCUGAAAGAAGUGGACAGAGUGGCGCAGCUUCCCAGCAGUUUGCUCGGCCAACAGAGCUUCACGCAGCCGGCUGAUGACCCAGAAUACCUGAUCACCGGGACUCAUGCUUAUCCCUCUGGACCGGGAGUGGCUUUGACUGCUGACACAAAGCUGCACAGGAAUCCAAGUGAGGGAGGCGUCCACUCCAUGGCGCUGGCUUUGCCACCAUCACAAUCCAGGCUGGACGUAAGUCGCACUGCGGCCAGUGUCGGCGACAUCCACCGACAUGCCGGAGGAGCAGAGAGAUCCCACCCCCCGUCCACCGCUGUGUCGCUGUUGGAGGGAGGCGGCACCAGAAAUUCUGCGCUUGCAAGGAAAGCACCGACCAUGCCGAAACCCCAGUGGCAUCCGCCGUGGAAGCUGUUUCGGGUCAUCAGUGGUCACCUCGGCUGGGUGAGAUCCAUCGCUGUGGAGCCUGGGAACCAGUGGUUUGUCACAGGGUCUGCUGAUCGGACCAUAAAGAUCUGGGACCUGGCCAGUGGGAAACUGAAACUCUCCCUGACUGGACACAUCAGCACGGUGCGCGGUGUGGCGGUCAGCAACCGGAGCCCUUACCUGUUCUCCUGUGGAGAAGACAAGCAAGUCAAGUGUUGGGAUCUGGAGUAUAACAAGGUCAUCAGGCACUACCACGGACACCUUAGUGCUGUGUAUGAUAUCGACCUUCAUCCAACGAUUGACGUGCUGGUGACGUGCAGCAGAGAUGCCACCGCAAGGGUGUGGGACAUCAGGUCAAAAGCCAACGUGCACACACUCUCUGGCCACACCAACACUGUGGCCACGGUGAGAUGUCAGGCGGCAGAACCCCAAAUCAUCACCGGCAGCCACGACUCCACCAUCCGACUGUGGGAUUUGAUCGCCGGGAAAACCCGAGCAACUCUGACGAACCACAAGAAGUCCGUCCGGACUCUGGCGGUGCACCCCAGACAAUACACGUUUGCCUCGGGUUCAGCGGACAACAUCAAGCAGUGGAUGUUCCCAGACGGCAGCUUCAUCCAGAACCUGUCGGGCCACAACGCCAUCAUCAACACUCUCGCCGUGAACUCUGACGGCGUCUUGGUGUCUGGAGCUGACAAUGGAACCAUCCACAUGUGGGAUUGGAGGACGGGCUACAACUUCCAGCGGAUCCACGCCGCCGUGCAGCCCGGAUCUCUGGACAGCGAGUCGGGCAUCUUCGCCUGCAAGUUCGACAACUCCGAGAGCCGCCUGAUCUGCGCCGAGGCCGACAAGACCAUCAAAGUAUACAAGGAGGACGACACCGCUACGGAGGAAAGCCAUCCCGUCAACUGGAAACCAGAAAUCCUCAAGAGGAAGCGAUUCUAAUCGUGUUUUUUUCUUCUUCCACCUGCACCUCGUGUCACCGUAACAUCGUUAAAUUUAAUUUCUACUAAACCUGUUGUAGAUACGCCUGGCAAGUUUUGCCCGCUACUCCUUUUUUCUUCUUCUUUUUUUCUUCCAAAACGACCACAAGGUCACGUUUUAUUCCAGAAACCAUUUGCAGUCCUCGUUGUACGACGGUAGUCCAACGAAGUCGCCAUUUUGAACGGCGAGGAACCUGCCGGAGUCUUUGUUCUUGAUGAUGACGGCUCUCCGGUGGCUCUGGUCCGUCGGGUCCACCAGCAUCAGCCACUCUUCAGUCGCAGACGGACUGACCUCCGAGUGGACCCGAUUCCUGCUGGGGUCAAACCCUGCAGAAGGACAUGCGCUGUGUGUCUUUCUAGGAUCGAUUCAUUCGUACACACACUGAAACAAGCGGAACCUUUUUUCUGUUUAUUUUUCGCUCUUUUAAUAAAAAACAAAAUGUUUCACUUC